GUCUUCCAAGAAGUGCAAAAUACGGCAUAAUCAUAGGCGUGGGAAUACCCGGGUUCUUAUGUAUCCUUGGACUAGCAAGUUAUGUCUGCGGCAGAAUAAGUGCUUAUGGUCGCCGCAACCGGCCAAACAUGGACCUCUCUACCUCAGCUUCUCAGCAGCCCGCUAUUGUCGUAGUGGGCCUCGACGGUCCAACUAUCGAAUCGUACCCAAAAACUUUGCUAGGUGAGAGUCGGAGGUUGCCCAAGCCCAACGACACCACUUGCUCCAUAUGUUUGGGUGAGUACCAAACCAAGGAAGAACUGAGGACUAUACCAGAGUGCAACCAUUACUUCCAUGCUACUUGUGUAGACGAGUGGCUCAAAAUGAACGCAACUUGCCCCGUUUGCCGGAAGUCACCGGAGGGCUCAGCUCUUAUAACCCCUUCGUCCUCAAUGUCUUCAUCUUCAACUUCUUUACCGUCGCCAUAG